GGUUUUCUUACGUCACGUCAACUGAGUUGUUAAGAAAACAUCGUUAUUUACAUGUAAAAUAAGAGUAUAACAACAUAAGAAAGGAUUUUUGUGCGACCAUGUAGCUUCUAUCUUUUAAAAAAAAUUGUUUACACUGUUUUGUUUACUGAUGAACGGACAGACAAGGAUACAUAGAUAGAGGUCUACACAGUAUAAAAGAAUCACGGAUAACAAAAGCUGUGUAUUUAAUGAUAAUUUAUUUCAACAAAACUCACUGAUUCAGAUGACAAAACUUAUCUCCAUGUUCAUUGGAGGGAUGAUUUCGAAAAAUAAAUUUGUUAAUACGAAUAACUUCAGUUGAUUAGUGGACUUUUGUUUGUAUUAUCAGUUAACGUCGAAAUUCGACACAACUAUGUGAUUGCCUGUAUAAAAGAUAAUAAAAGACACUCAAAACACCAAUCAAGUAAUAUUAAGAAGGCUAUUCAAGUUCAUACUUAUCUAGACAAUAUCUAUACAGAUGGUUUUAAACAAACAAAUUCAUUACAUGUAUACGCCACUAUAUUACCAUUAGACUUGUUGAAAGAUAAAUGUUUACAAACCAUUUAAAUGUAGUAAAUAACGGAACAAACAAUUUUUUUCUUAAAAAAAAGGAGUUAAAAUUAAAUGAAUGAACCAAGUUGUAACAUUUAUAAACACUCUGAAUCAUUACUUCAUAAAAUUAGGUAACUCAGAUCAGUACUAAAAAUUCAAACUUUAUGUAAACAGUUUAUGUCUACAUCGAAAGAAUUAGGUUGAUGAAUAUAUGUUUUGACAAGUUUAUUGACUUUUGAUAGUUCACAAUGUCAGACCACGUGUUUUCUUUUCAUUCUACUCUAUCAAGAAGAAUGUCUCGAUUGUCUUUAAAACGUUCACCACCACAUACACCUACUUUAUCUAGUUGUAAUCAAAGUUUACACAAUGUUGAAAUUGGAAAACAUGUUGGUCGUUAUGGUCCAGGUUUUUUAUGGAGUUUAUUUGAAAGCAUGGAAUCAAAUACAAGAGUGAAACGUACAACAUUCAUAUUCGAUAAAAAAAGGUUGGAUCGAAUCAAUAAAAAUCGGAGACAAGAUUUAAUUUUGCAAACAUUACGGAAUGAUUUGAUAAAUUUAAACAAACUGAAACAUCCACGUUUUAUACAACUAAUACAUGAUAUUGAAGAAACUAAUGAAUGUCUCACUUUUAUAACUGAGCCAGUAAUAGGAAGUUUAGCAGACAUGUACAUAAAUGAUCAGGAUUCGUCUUUUUGUGAAUUAGAGAUUAUAUUUGGAAUAUAUCAGAUUACAGACGCACUAAGAUAUCUUCAUAGUACCCAAGAAUUAAUGCAUUGUAACAUAAAUACGGCGUCAAUCUUGUUGGUUAACAAGAGUAUAUGGAAAUUGGGUGGAUUGAAUUUUCUAGAAAAGAUUGUUGACACCACAAAGAUAACUCCAAAGUUUACUGGAUGUUCAGUUAAAGUACCAGUGUUUGCUCAACCAGAUUUAGAUUUUAUUGCUCCAGAAGCUCAGAUGUAUAAUUCCAUGUCACCGCUUGCCGACAUGUUUUCCUUAGGAAUGGUAGUUUGUGCUAUUCAUAAUCAGGGACAUUCUUUGAUUGACUCAGAGCAAAAUCCAAAUGUUUAUGUUAAACAAUUGCCUGAAAUCCCAAAUAAUUUUGAAAAAAUAUGUGAACGACUACCCAGAGCUUUAUUAGAACCUGUACGUAAAAUGAUCAGUAAGGAUGUUCGUGAAAGACCGACAUCACAGCUUUUUGCUUUAUUAAAGGUAUUUAACGAACCAGUAGUUCUUUCUUACGAAGGUUUACUAACAUUGAAUGAUAAAUCAUUAAAUCAGAAGAAAGAAUUCUUUGGCCGACUCCCUAAAGUUAUACCCUUAUUUGAACCUAAUGUCAGAUAUAAAUAUAUUCUACCACUUAUUUUACAAUGGUUAUAUGAGUCAAACGAAUUAAUUCCCUAUAUUCUACCAUCAUUUUUAACCAUGAUUAAAGUGGCGGAAUCUGAUGAUUAUGACAAAUAUUUAAAAUCCCACUUGCAAAAAAUUUUAACGGAAACCAAAUCACUUCAGACAAGUAUGGUAAUUUUGGAUCUUUCAGAUUUCUUUAUUAAUCAUAUUAGUCAAGAUGACAUUGGGAAUCUUCUCCUUCCUGAAAUAUUUGUUUGCCUCGAACCGGGCACUCCAAAAUCUUUGGAAACUGUUCAGAAUGCAAUUUCAGUAUUGUCAAACUAUCUUAAUAAUACACAAAUUGUCCAAUCAAUUCUACCACAGCUCAAAGAAAUAUAUAAUCGUAAAACAUCAAAUCCCAAGAUUCGCAUUGCGUGUUUAGAAUGCCUAGGAAAACUUUUAAAAAAAUUAACAUUACCUACAUUAUGUGAUGAUGUACUACCAUUUGUUAGCUCAAUCCGAACAGUUGAUCGUGAAUUAGUUCUUGCUGUUGUGGCUUUGAACCGUCGACUCAUAUCAGAUAGAAACAAUGAAAUUUCGUACACUUACAUAGCUGGAAUGCUAUUGCCUUCUAUGGUGAACUUUCUGGCAUUAAAAACACUAACUAUAUCUGAUUUCCGAACUGUAAUUAAUUUAACUCGAACAAUGCUGGAUCUCAUAGAUCGACAGCGUUCAGUUGAACUAAGAUCACAAACUGGAUCGAAAUCAGUUGGUGGGAGCUGUUCUGAUAUGAGUUCAUCAUUUGGUGCACCUCGAAAUCUUCCGUUAAUUGCUAUGCAACGUCCAACUAUAGAUUCUGAAUUAUUAUACGUAGAUAUGGAUGAUUCAAAGCUUUCAAGAUCAAGUUUAGAUUAUCGUCGAAGUUCUGGCAGUGAAGUCACUGGAACUAGUCGGUGGAGCAGAAACAGCUUGUUAAUUCAACGGUUACAGGCAUCAAAACAUCGAUCAGAAAGCCUAUUGUUCAAUACAAAGCACAGAAACUCCAUUGGUGAUCAUAGAUUUUGGAAUGAAAGUGCAAGUAAUCCAAAUUUCAAUUAUCAUGGACAUUCAAGUACAAAUUCUCGUAUAGGACCAAGUCCAUUUUAUAAUUCAAGUCCAACUUGUGACGAUCUAUAUAAAAUGAGAAGAUAUUCUGGAAAUAUUUUAACUCGAUCAACAGAUAAUCAAGUGAAUGUAUAUGAUAAUUUAGGUUCCUUAAAUGUUCCAAGAUACAACAAUGGUUUUCUAGACCCUAGAAGACAUAGUUAUGGUUUUACACCUAGUACAUCAACGAAAUCUCUAAUUACAGUCAAUGUAUGCGAAGGUCCUUUUGUUACUCCGCUCAGUCACCGUGGUUCAAUACGUCGAAAUUCUGGUUGGAGCUGUGGUCAAUUUUCUGCUUCUCAAGUAUCAACAUUCAAGAAAGUUUUGUGAAAUAUUUACUAAAUUAAAAGAAGGCGCUUUUUAUCAAAAUUAUAAUAAAUAAUAUUGUUAUUAUUGUUUUAUUAUCAGAUUUAUAUUUAUGUUCAUUAUUUUGAUGUGUAUUCAACUUCACUUUUAACUCCAUGUUUACAAGUUAUGUAAAAAUAAAUAAAUAAAAGAGAACGAUUCAAUGUUCAAUAAUCCUCCAGUGAACUUUCCUUUAUUGUCUAUUUAAUAAAUUGUAAAAAUUUGAAUUCAGUAACGGCGAAGAAAUAAUGUUCCGUAUAACAUAUUUUUGUUUUCUUUAAAAAGUAAGUGAACUUUUUUCAAAUAUUCUUAAACAUUCAAAAAUGUUCCACUUAAAUUUUGGAAAAAAUAAAUCGAUGUGACAAAAACAUUUCUCUUUAUUUUUGUUAAGUAACACAUCUUUAUACGGAUACUUGUAUGAAAAAAAAAUUUUGUUAGAUGUUUAAAAUUUAAGGAUCUUGAGUUAUACAGUUGUUAGUGUACAACUUAAGUGUUCAAAUCUUGAUUCGUACACUUCAGUUAAAGCAUCAGAAUAAUUUCUCUUUAAUUACAAUAAAGAAGAGAAAUUUGCAAGGUUACGGUAGAUCUGGCAACCAUUAUUAA